AUGCCUUACAAAGAUAAAGCCCAGAAGAGAGAACACAAUCGAAAAUGGAUGGCCGAGCAAAGACAGAAAGACAAAGGAAAUGUGGGACCCUGCUUGAAUGCUAAACCUUUAAAAAGUGUGGGACCCGUUUUGGGAAAUGAACCUGUGGGACCCGAGCCUGAUAAAAAAGUGGGACCCACAAACCCCAAAAUAAUCAAGGGUAAGGAAUAUGUUUUUAUCGAAG